AUGACCAACACCAAGGCACUGGAUCUCACCAGUGUAAAGUAUAACCCACAUCGAGCCCCAGGGUCUCGCCAUUGGACAGUAUGGCCCACACUGAGCCCCGGGGUCUCACCAAUGGGCAGUACAGCCCACACAGAGCCCCGGGGUCUCACCAAUGGGCAGUACAACCCACACCGAACCCGGGGGGGCUCACCAAUGGACAGUAUGACCAACACUGAGCCCCAGGUCUCACCAAUGGACAGUACAACCCACAUCGAGCCCCAGGGUCUCACCAAUGCACAGUAUGACCAACACAGAGACCCGGGGUCUCACCAAUGCACAGUAUGA